UCGGGAACACCUCACCGCUCGCCCUCAUGGGCCUCCCGGCGCUCCCGGCCCCGCCGCCGCAGCAGGAACCAGCUGACGGGGCGGUCCUGCCCGCCGAGCCAGCGCCAUGCCGGCCCUCCGCCUCCUGCUGCUGCUCGCCGCUCUCUGCACGCCCGUACCGGGCCGCCGGCCGCAGCGCGAUGCCCCCGGCAAGAUCGCCGUGGUCGGCGGCGGGAUCGGGGGCACGGCCGCCGCCUACUUCUUGCGGCAGAAGUUCGGGAGAAGCGUGCGGCUGGAGGUGCUGGAGAAGGCGGCGGUGGGGGGGCGGCUGGCCACGCUGGAAAUGGAGGGGGCCGGCUACGAGGCGGGGGGGUCCGUCCUCCACCCCCUCAACCUGCACAUGAAGCACUUCGUCAAGGAGCUGGGCCUCUCGGUUGCCCCAGCGCACGGCAGCCUCGUAGGCAUUUAUAAUGGGGAGGAGUUCGUCUUUGAGGAGAGCAGCUGGUACAUCGUCAACCUUCUCAAGCUCCUCUGGCGCUACGGGCUCAACCCCCUGCGAAUGUACAUGUGGGUGGAAGACAUCCUGGACAAGUUCAUGCGGAUCUAUCGCUACCAGACGCACGACUACGCCUUCAGCAGUAACGAGCGCCUGAUUCACGCCCUCGGAGGGAGCGACUUCACCCAGAUGCUGAACCAAACCAUCGAUGAAGCCAUGCAGAAAGCCGGCUUCUCCCAUAAGUUCAUAAACGAGGUGGUUUGUCCGGCCAUGAGAGUUAAUUACGGGCAAGGUAUCAGCAUCAACAGUUUCGUAGGUGCUGUUUCUCUGGCAGGGGUGGAAUCAGGGCUUUGGUCAGUGAAAGGGGGGAACAAACUUGUCUGCACCGGCCUCAUCUACGCCUCCAAAGCUGAAGUUAUCCCUGGUAUGGUUUUGUCCAUAGAGCCGAAAGUCAGACCCAGACCCUCAGGGGACCCAGUGAAGCUCUACCAGGUCACUUACAACACUACGUCGGGACUAACGGGGGAUACGUACGACAUCGUCGUCAUCGCUGCUCCGCUCAGCCGCAAAAUGGCCAACAUCACCUUCAAAAACUUCGACCCUCCUGUCCCAGACUUCCCAAAUCCUUACCACCAAACCGUCACAACCUUAGUACACGGACGAUUAAACUCCUCUUUCUUUGGUUACCGGGAUCCAUCUGCCUUUCACUUUGGUGCCAUUUUCACUACAGAAAAUCCCAAACUGUUCAUCAAUAGCUUGGGGGUUGUGUCGCCCGUGGAAGACGUUGGCGGCGAAGGACAGCUGCCCUUGCAAUCGGCCAUCUGGAAGGUGUUUUCAAAGGAGGUGCUAACCAAAGAGCAGCUGAAUUUGCUUUUUUCCUCCUACGACUCCGUCAAAGUGAAGAAAUGGUUGGCGUAUCCUCACUACAGCCCCCCGGAAAAAUGCCCUCCCGUUAUCCUCCACGACAAAAUCUACUACCUGAACGGCAUCGAACGGGCCGCGAGCGCUGUGGAAAUGAGCGUCAUCGCAGCCAAAAAUGCCGCCCUGCUUGCUUACCAUCGCUGGUACGGGAACACCGACAUGAUUGACCAGGAAGAUCUGCACGAGAAGCUGAAAACGGAGCUGUGAGCAGCCGGGUGUUCGCAGGAACAGCCACACUACAAACCUCCCAAAAUUCGGAUCGCGUGUUGUAGCUGUUUAGCCACAAUUAAAGCUAACGGACGAGGAAAUCCUUGCUUAGUCCCUAAGGAAGCUGAGACACCCAGCCAGCUCGAGAUGCACUAAAACAGCACUGAAAAGGCAGCAGAAGCUUUCCCAAGUGAGCUGGCACUUCCUUGAGCAAAAACUCCUCGAUCUAUCCCUACACGCGAUCAAAGAUGACAUUUUUAAAUGCCGUAUUGACCCCAAGAAAUGCCCUCCAUGGGCAGGAGUCUGCCAAACUCAGGAUCUGCAUCACUGUGAUUAACCCAUGCACGUCACUUUCCCUUGCCAGAUGCGUUUCAGGCGGGGGGGGGGUAAAAAAAAAAAAUCAACUUAUUGACUGUAAAUCUCCCUGCCUCAGCUAUUUUCUGAAGGGUGUGUCACGUAAUUAUUCCUUGGGGUGGGACUAGUGCUGUGGAAAUCGGGGCUGUGUUCUUAAUUUGCUUCUAGAAUAAGUACUGUAGCUUACGGGCUGGGGGGGAGCGGUCUGGGAGCACACAAGUUGCCAAAACAGCUUGAAAAUAAGCAAUAACAUUAAUAAUUUAGAUGACCUGACACUACAGCGGGGCACCACCAGCUUUGAGUAAGUAAAAAACCCUUUUCAGGAGAAUAAUUAGACUGUAUUUAAUAUCGCUGCGAUACCUCAACCAUGUCUGAAUAUUGCCAUAACAAAUAAAAUUAGUGAAAAA